GUUCUGAAGUGUUAAGUCCGGAGGGAAAGAAGACACAGGAUUUCUGCAGGACACCAACAUGAACUUCGACAGUAUCAGAAAAAUCGUCAGCGGCAAAAAGAGCCGAUUGGUGGAUCAAGAGCUGGGCACAGAUCUAGAUUUAUCGUAUAUCACCGAUAGGAUCAUCAUAAUGGGCUAUCCUGCUAGCGGACUUGAGAGUCUGUACAGAAAUCGCAGGAAAGACGUACGAAGAUGGCUGGAAGCACGUCACGACAAACAUUAUCGGAUCUAUAACUUUUGUCCCCGGAAGGAAAAUGAGUAUGAGGCCUCGUAUUUCCACAACCAAGUUCGACGGUUCCCUUUUCCCGAUCACCAUGCCCCACCACUCUCGAUGAUCCCUUUGUUUGUCCACAACAUAAGCCACUUCCUCGACUCCGCGGCGGACAACAUAGCAGUCAUUCAUUGCAAAGCUGGAAAGGGAAGGUCAGGUACGAUGACUGUAUGUUACCUGAUGACAUUGGCUUCUCUGCCCCAGCCGCCACGCUUCAAAGAUCUUUACAUCAAAUCUAUACAGCAACUGGAUGAAGCAACUACAGAUAAGACUCAAUCCUCUCAUUCUCACAUGGCCGAAAUUGUCGACAGAGAUCUUCAAGCUAGUCAGGAAGAUUAUAAAGUAUCUGGUACCGUAAAGCCGACUUUGAGUUCAGGAACGCGAACACAACCAAUUCAUGCAGAUUACGCUAAAAUGAGCCUUGUGGCAUCCGUACACAGUGAGCGAACACGAUUGAAGGAAGCAACCUCCCCAGCCGAUACAUCAAUACAAGUAGAGGGCGCGCCACUCCGUGAUGAGUCCGUCGCCGAAAUAGUAGAUGAUUUGCGAACGCCGCGCCGAGUGGAAACAUCUGAUCUCCCAUCCGUCAGAAUACAAGAUCAAACUUCGGAUCUUAUAUUGAUGACUCGAAUGGCCGAGAAGAUUCUAUCUCUUUUCCAAUUCCACACAAGCAGAAGGAUGGCCGAUCCAAACUCAGUACCUUAUGGUAUAAGUAUUCCGUCUCAACGGCGUUCUAUCCGAUAUUGGGGGGACGUUCUCUUGGGCAAGGAUCCUCGCCCUGCCCCAGGACCACAACAUAAUACCAUAGCGGGUCCACAAAAGAUUGAGAUACGAUGGAUCAAGGUCUUUGUCCCUGAAACAGUAAGAUACGCAAAAGUAUUUACAAGUAAGGGCAAGGUUGCUGUACAAGUGGGUAGAUUCUCUCUAACAUUGAAAGCACUCUCUCUGUCAACUGUUGUUAAUCUUGAUCAUCCGUCAUUAUAUUUUCACCCGAGCCACGCACCCGACGUGUCAACUGCUCGCCCCCUUUUUGAAGGAAAGAAUGACGAUCAGGAUUGGGAAGAUCAGGAUGAGAUGAUAAAAGCAUUUGCUUCGUUCGGCCAAGAGAAGCGUCCCCUGCGAAAGCCGAAAUCCUUGACAGCUGAAAACCCGUCAAGCGUACCUGAGACAAUCGAUUCAGAGAGACGCUCAGUAGAGCUAACCCGAGUCCCAGGUAGUCGAGCGUCAAUCUCAACCACAUACACCACGGAAACCUCUACAUCCGGCUCCAUGAUUCACAUUGAUGAUAGCCAGCUGGAGGAAACUCUUUCAAACAGCUUUUCUGAUCAUGAUAACGAAAACCAAGAGCCAAUCGCAUCUCAAUCUCGUUACCUUACGCCCGUUCGACUCUAUGAUGUUCCAGCCUGGCCCACAGCUGAGGAGACACCUGUGUUCAAGAAGAUUAAAGGCGGAAAGAACAUCGAUGCUUCUGGUGGAAUCAAAAUCGACGCUGAUCGGGAGAUUCUAUUGAGAAUAGUACUUGGAUCGACUGGAAAGAACCACGCAUCCCUGCUACCAGAUGCCACGCUCCUAGGAUAUCUAUGGUUCAUACCCGCAUUUCAUGAACCAGGCCUUGGAACCUUUUCAUCCACCUCAAGGUUUGCAAAAGCAGAAGAGAACGAUGAGCAAAGAGAAGUUGAUUCAUCAUCAGAUUUGAUCAUCACUUCUUUCCCCAAAGAAGAGAUAGAUUUCCUCAAUGCUAACAUAAGUAAUAUAGAAGUAGCUUGGAGGAGGGUACCAUAAGAUCUAUUGUUUGAGUAUGUAGCAAGGUGUAUUGUUUGAGUAUGUAUGUAGCUUCUUGAUCUCAUAUAGAAAUGUAGCAAUGCGCACAGUGACGUUGAUAUGGU